AUGGCUACGCUUGCUGAUUCUUUUCUCGCCGACCUCGAUGAACUCUCUGAUAAUGAGGCCGAAAUUCCGGAGGAUAACGAUGUCGAUGCUGCAGACAUGGAAGAGGAUGUUGAUGGUGACUUGGCUGACCUAGAAAACCUCAACUAUGAUGACUUGGACAGUGUUUCCAAGUUGCAGAAAACCCAGAGGUACAUUGAUAUUAUACAGAAAGUGGAAGAGGCCCUUAAAAAGGGGUCGGAUGUCUCGACUCAGGGAGUGGACUUAGAAGAUGACCCUGAAUACCAGCUGAUUGUGGAUUGCAAUGCACUGUCAGUUGACAUUGAGAAUGAAAUUGUUAUAAUCCACAAUUUUAUCCGUGACAAAUAUCGAUUGAAAUUUCCAGAGCUUGAAUCCCUGGUGCAUCACCCGAUUGAUUAUGCACGGGUUGUUAAGAAGAUAGGAAAUGAAAUGGAUCUGACACUUGUUGAUUUAGAAGGGCUUUUACCCUCUGCCAUUAUCAUGGUUGUCUCUGUUACUGCUUCAACUACAACUGGCAAGCCUCUUCCAGAAGAAGUCCUUAGUAAGACUGUUGAGGCUUGUGAUCGAGCACUUGAUCUUGAUUCAGCAAAGAAGAAUGUUCUGGAUUUCGUUGAGAGUAGAAUGGGCUACAUUGCACCUAAUCUCUCUGCUAUAGUUGGGAGUGCUGUUGCAGCUAAACUCAUGGGCACAGCUGGUGGUUUAGCAUCUCUAGCAAAGAUGCCUGCUUGUAAUGUACAGCUUCUUGGUGCCAAGAAAAAGAAUCUUGCUGGUUUCUCCACGGCAACAUCUCAAUUUCGUGUAGGUUACGUUGAGCAAACAGAAAUAUUUCAGACUACUCCUCCAUCUCUAAGGAUGCGAGCAUGUCGACUCUUGGCUGCCAAGUCUACACUUGCAGCACGUGUAGAUUCAAUACGUGGGGAUCCAUCUGGAAACACUGGAAGGGCUUUCAAGGAUGAGAUUCACAAAAAAAUUGAGAAGUGGCAAGAGCCCCCUCCUGCAAAGCAACCAAAACCACUUCCAGUUCCUGAUUCAGAGCCUAAAAAGAAGAGAGGUGGUCGUCGGCUUAGGAAAAUGAAGGAAAGGUAUGCAAUAACAGACAUGAGGAAGUUAGCCAAUAGGAUGCAAUUUGGAGUACCAGAAGAGAGUUCACUAGGAGAUGGUCUGGGUGAGGGCUAUGGAAUGCUUGGUCAGGCUGGCAGUGGCAAACUACGCGUGUCUGUUGGUCAAAGCAAACUUGCUGCAAAAGUUGCUAAAAGAUUCAAGGAAAAGAAUUAUGGUAGCAGUGGUGCUACAUCUGGUUUGACAUCAAGUCUUGCUUUCACACCAGUGCAGAAUGACAUUUGUGCCCUUAUCUUCCCCAUGUCUAGGCAGUUACCAUUCACAAGAAAUUACUGGUGGAUAUUCCCCUUCAACUCAUCUCUUGCUCAUGACUUUCCUACCACACGGAAGCCUUCAAGUAAAAUGAAUAUUGAGCCUUUGGUUAAGUUGUUGCAAACAAUUGCCCUAGUUUUCUCAAGUAUGCUCAUGCACACCAACUCGGUAGUGGAACUCAAAGCACCUACUUCUCUGAAACAGGAACAUUUUCAAAGAUCAAGAGGACAUGAAACCGUGCAUGAAUUCAAAUUCUCAUUCAGUCCCCCUGACAAUUCUUGGUGGACAUGCCUAGAGACUGUUGAUGCUGAUGGAUAUUUCUUGAUAGUUCACGUUGAUUUUUGUCUUGGUGCACGUGCGAAUUAUCGUGUUCGUUCUGUCCAUCGAUAUUAUUGUGGUGUUUCAAUGGAAACUUCUAGUGGUGAUGUUAGUAAAGGUUUAAAGAGUGGUGCUAUGGAGAAACAACUUGUUCAGGAUAGGAUUACAAGUGAAGUGGACAACAAUCUUGACGAUGAUUUAGGGCUUAGAAGGGCUACCUACAAGUUUUCCACCGAUAUGGACACUGAAGCUGCCACCAAGAUGGGUCAGUUUCCUAAGCUUAAUGUCAAUGCGGUGAAAGAAAGAGUUGGGCGAGAGAUCCGUGUUUUUGAAACAUUUGUCUCUUCAUCAUCAAAUGCUGCGAUAUCCAAUGAAGAGGUGACUGAUGACUUCUAUGAGUUUACUGCUGAAGAUUAUUACAGACUUUUGGCUGCUAAGAAGGAAGAUAAAUUCUUAAAGACUCGAAAAAUCCGAGAAGCAGAACAGGCAGCUCGUAGAUCAGAAAUGACCAAGGCUGUAAUCAGAGUUCGCUUCCCAGAUAAUCACACAUUGGAGACUACUUUCCACCCAUCAGAAACCGUCCAGAGUUUAAUUGAUGUCCUGACUAAAGUUAUUUCACUGCCAGAGCAGCCAUUCUAUCUAUAUACUACUCCGCCUAAGAAGGUGAUGAAAGACAUGUCUCAGAAUUUUUAUAAUACUGGCUUUUGCCCUGGUGCCAUUGUGUACUUCUCAUACGAUGUCCCAAAAGAUAGCACUGGUCCUUACCUUCAAGAAGAGAUCUUGUCUUUGAAGGAAUUGCAUCCUGCUAAUGAUCAAGGCCAACAAUCUGAGCCUGUAGAACAAUCAGAACCAGAACCUGCUGUGGCAGCAAAUCCUCCUCCUCCUGUUGAACAACGCAAACCUGCUGAGAAGAAGCUUGUUAAACCAAAGUGGUUAAAAAUGUGA